CCGGUACCUGUUCGAUGAAGAAGGCUAUGACCCCGCUCAGUCAGAUGCAAGUGACCAAGAGUCUGCUCACGGAAGCUCAACGUAUAGCGUACGUCGGACUCUGCUUGCUGACGGGCCGGGAAAUGGCCCAGGAAAUGAAGGUGGUACGGCGCAAGGAGCUCAAGGCGGCGGUCGCAAGCAUGGAGCUCUCUGCGAUGAAAAUAAUGGGUCGGUUAUAUUAUCAUAUAGAACUUGAGACUCAAGAGCAAAAGAUGAUUGAGAGUCUCGGCGAACAUGCACCACCCUGCUACCAUGACGACCCUCCUCCCACACCGUCCGUUUCUAAUAAGCCUACUUUUCAGACGACCGCCAAAGUCCUUGAAGAUACCUCCACAUCUGCGAUACCCGGUGUAUCCACCGCCCUCUCUUCGGCUGACGAAAGGGUCACUCUCGACGUUCGAUGGGCGAUCCUAUGCGAUCUGCUUCUGAUCCUCAUCGCCGAUAGCGUUUGUGAUGCUCGUUCACGCGUUCACCUCGAAAAUAUCGCACGUAAGUUUGGUCUCGGAUUGCUGGAUGUUGUCAAGUUCGAGAGACGUGUGACUGAGGCGUUGGAAAUCCAAGAGGAUGUGGAGAGAAUGGAGAAUGAGGAUAUAAUCGACGGCCGCAGAAAGGCUAAUGGAAAGAAGCGCUAUAUGAUGCUGGGUCUUGCUACGCUGGGAGGUGGACUUGACAUUGGUCUAUCCGCAGGGCUUUUGGCUCCCGUUAUAGGACCGCGGACAACAGGUUUUCUUGCCGGGGUCAGAGGUGCUGCCGUUAUCACGACUGAUGAUGUACUAAUUGGCAGGAUGAUUAACCGAACACAACAACGGGUGAACUGCAUCAUCACAGUUCCGGGAUUUCUGAACGGCGCCCUAGAUGACCCUCGGCUACCUUUCAGUGUGUCGGAUCCCAUUGUUGGCGAGGUCUUCAGUGUUCUUUGGGAACCUGAAAUGAUUCGAGAGACUGGAAGCGCUUUGAAGAUCCUUACAGGCAAAGUUCUCCGUCAAAUCGGAACAAUGGUGUUACAAGCAACCGUCAUGACCGCCUUAAUGAGUGCCCUUCAAUGGCCAAUCGUUCUCACCAAACUCGGCUGUCUCAUCGAUAAUCCCUGGAAUAAUGCCCUUUACAGAGCCAAGGCAGUCGGCAGUGUCCUAGCAGACGUUUUGAUGCAGCGACAUCUAGGUGUUUACUCCAUGACUCUCAUCGGUUACUCUCUUGACGCUCGCGUUAUAUUCUACGCCCAUGUUGAACUGGCCAAACAGAAAGCGUUUGGCAUCGUCCAGGACGUCUUCAUUUUCGGAACAUCAUCCAAGACUUGGUGUGAGACGAGGUCGGUAGUAUCAGGCCGAUACCGGGGAGUCGGAACGGUUGCCGGGCUGAGACCUGUAGAUGGUGUCCCGGGGUUGGAGAAUGCGGAUGUGACCGACAAAAUUUCCGGGCAUAUGAGUUACAGAGCUUUGAUGCCCUUGAUUCUGGAUCAGUCGGGUUUCUCGGUAUCGGCAGAUUAUUUCGAUGAGCCUGAGGAACCCGAAUUCACUGAAGAUCGGGUAGUUGAAGUCAAAACUUCAAAAGCCAAACACGUAUCAAGACCGCCGGGUGGACCUUCGUCAUAUUCGAGGAAACCAUCGGGACCAGCAUCAAUGCCUACAGGUUCCGUUGACAAUGACCUCUCUCCGCGAAUAGAUUCUUCCACACCCGUAGCGUCGCCCCCUUCAAUGCCUCAAAGAGACACAGCAUCCCCCGGACCGGACAUUCCUAUUCAUGCUGGAUUCGAUUUUGCCGCCAUCAAAGAGAUGAUAAAAAGCUCGGAACAUCCUGAACAUCUGCACCGAUUGCCGCACCACCCAUUCCAUCGCCAGCUAACCGCACCGAAUCCAUGCCUCAGGCGAUCACAAGAUGGCCUUCCCUUGCUCCAGGUCCAAGCACGUCGCGUAGCCCUUCACCACCGCAAAAGGACGAGAUGA